UGUUUUUUUUUGUAGCUCCGCAGUGCUGCUGUGUGAGCCGACAAACCGCUGGAAGCUGCAGGAAGCUUUUAUACUUUUUACACUUCUCCAUUCUUCUUCUUCUUCCUCUUCUUGUUCUUCUUUCCUUCCCUUUAUCUCCGUCUUUUUGUCUCCAUGCGGGUCUUUCUCCUGCUCCGAAGCAAACAGCGGGCCUUCCUGUAGCCGCCGCCCCGGCCUCCCUCUCCCUCUGGCCGGCGGAGCCUCCCAGCUGAGCCCCGCUGAGGUGGCCUGGUUCCCGGGGAGAGAUGCUGUAGAGCAGCCGGCGGAGGAGAUGCUUCUACCGGACUGAAGAGGAGCAGAAAGCAGGAAAGAUGUCCAGUAGCAGGAUGCCUCUGACCCCGGUGAGCGAGAGAGAAACCGAGCAGAAAAAGACUUCAGACGGCCUCCCAGAGCCUCCAGCCCCUCCCACUAAAUCAGCGAGCCGCCACAGUCUGCCGCCAUGUCGCAGCGCCGUGACGUCCAACGCAGACGAUCAGCCGCACGUCGGCAACUACCGCCUGCUGAAGACCAUCGGCAAGGGCAACUUCGCCAAAGUCAAACUGGCCAAACAUUCACUGACCGGCCGAGAGGUCGCCAUCAAGAUCAUUGACAAAACUCAGCUGAACCCAACCAGCCUGCAGAAGCUCUUCAGGGAGGUCAGUGUGAUGAAGAUCCUCAACCAUCCAAACAUUGUGAAGCUGUUUGAGGUGAUUGAGACGGAGAAGACUCUGUACCUGGUGAUGGAGUACGCCAGCGGAGGUGAAGUUUUUGACUACCUCGUUGCUCACGGACGAAUGAAGGAGAAGGAGGCCAGAGCCAAGUUUCGGCAGAUUGUGUCAGCAGUGGAGUACUGUCACCAGAAGAGGAUUGUUCACAGAGACCUCAAGGCAGAGAACCUGCUGCUGGACGCCGACAUGAACAUUAAGAUCGCAGACUUCGGCUUCAGUAAUGAGUUCACUCUGGGCAGUAAGCUGGACACCUUCUGUGGGUCUCCUCCCUACGCUGCUCCUGAACUCUUCCAGGGGAAGAAGUACGACGGGCCGGAGGUGGACGUCUGGAGUCUGGGAGUGAUCCUCUACACGCUGGUCAGCGGCUCGCUGCCUUUCGACGGACAGAACCUGAAGGAGCUGAGGGAGCGUGUCCUCAAAGGGAAGUACCGGAUCCCCUUCUACAUGUCGACUGACUGUGAGAACCUGCUGAAGAAGUUGCUGGUGCUCAACCCGGGGAAACGAGGCAGCCUGCAGCAAAUCAUGAAGGACCGAUGGAUGAACGUCGGCUACGAUGAGAAGGAGCUGAAAACAUACAACGAACCAGAACAAGACUUCAACGACCUCAAACGCAUAGAGCUGAUGGGGACGAUGGGCUUCUCUCAGGAGGAAGUGAAGAAGGCGCUGGAAGGUCAGAAAUACAACGAGAUGACGGCGAUAUACCUGCUGCUGGGGAGGAAAAAUGCUGAGUCUGAAGGCAGUGAGACUCUGUCCAGCGGUAACCUGCUCCAGAGGUCACGGCCCAGCAGCGACCUCAACGGCUCCAGUCAGUCGCCCGCACACUCUCGCAACGCAUCGACCAAUCAGAAGCAGCGGCGCUUCAGCGACCACGUGGCGCCCUCUAUCCCCCCUCCUGUGUCCUACACUAAGCGUAGUCAUGCCAACAGUGUAGAGAGCGACAGGAAGGAAGGGGGGGCGUCGCCAACGGGGGCUCCAGACCGCCGGAGGUCAGCCACCGCCUCAGGGAACAUCACUCGGAGGAACACAUACGUUCAUGAGAGGACGAGCAGCGACCGCCACUCAGCUACUGUCACCAACGGGAAGGACAGCAGUCUACCUGAGGUUCCUGCCGCAUCCCCCUCCCCAUCACCGGGGAAAACCAUCUCCGCACGGCCCCGUCACGUCAAGUCCAUGUCAGCAUCCGGACAUCCCAUGAAGUCCUGCCUGCCCCCCAUCGACGACAACGUGGAGUAUCAGAGCACCCCCCAGCAGCCUCCCUCUUCGCCCUCAGCAUUCAGCAUCACCAGCAGCAGCAGCACCACUCCGGACCGGACCCGCUUCCCCCGCGGAUCCUCCAGCCGCUCCACCUUCCACGGCGCUCAGCUGCGAGACCGCCGAUCCGCCACCUACAACGGCCCCCCCGCCUCGCCCAGCCUCUCCACACACACCGCCGCCUCGCUGGCCUCUGCCCGCCGCGGCACCUCCACCUCCCUCAUCGGGAAGAUCACCUCCAAGUUUGUACGCAGGAGUUUAUCAGGUGAGCCUAAAGAGGAGGGGCGGGACUCCAAGCCUCGUGCGCUUCGCUUCACCUGGAGCAUGAAGACCACGUCCUCCAUGGAGCCGGGGGACAUGAUGAAGGAGAUCCGCAGGGUCCUGGACGCCAACAACUGUGACUACGAGCAGCGCGAGCGCUACUCCCUGUUCUGCGUGCACGGCGACGCCCGGCAGGACAGUCUGGUGCAGUGGGAGAUGGAGGUGUGCAAGCUGCCCCGCCUCUCGCUCAACGGCGUGCGCUUUAAGAGGAUCUCCGGCACGUCCAUCGCCUUCAAAAACAUCGCCUCCAAAGUGGCCAACGAGCUCAGGCUGUGAACAACUUCCAGUUAUCAAUCGAAGGAGAAAAAACCUCUCUGGUCCUCUUUCUUCACAGAAUGACGCCCCACCAAGUGACGGCGGCCAUGUUGCGUUCAGCACCUCUCUAACUGCUGUAUGACUCAGAGAAAACACACAUUAUUAUACUCUACACACUUACUAUUUAAUGUUAUCACUAAAUGUUUGCCAGUGAAACCAAAUAUAAAAGCUGACGGUGCUGAUUUUCAGCAGGUCGUAGUUCAUCCCUCAGUGGUGAGAUCCAGAGCAAACAGCGGGAGGAUGUUUCCAUCUGUCCUGUCCUGCUGCAGCGACACUCUGUCGGUUUAUCACUGUUUACAUGCACUUCAGAUUUUUACGAAACCUUGGAAACUGAUUUUUAAAGCAUUGUGUAGAGUGGAAACACGUCAUGCGGACUAAAGCUGAUUAAACAGGGAGAGUUUUGGUGGAGGAACCCGAAGAUUUCCACAUUUACUUUGCGAUUUGCAUGUCAAAGAGCCGGAAUAUUAAAGGAGCUGUACGCAGCAGUUUUUUUUAAAGAAAGACCAAACCGUUUUAAUCUGGAGUUUUAGAGGCGUAAUAUCAUUGCUGUGCAUGUAGACCAACUAUCAGCUUUUGCUUUUAUCUCUGGAGUGCAGGUAAACAGUGAAACAUGACCUCCGCUCUACCUGUGCAACUCUCCUGCUGCAAGAGAAGAACACUAACUGUGUGUAUGAAGCUACAGAGUCAGCUUUAUUGACCCCGUGUGUGAACUCUGUCAUUGCUCUCAAUACACACUAACAGUAAUAGACUUACAGCUAGAAAAAAAAGCUGAACAAGGUGAAAAUGUUACUGCUAUGUACAGAUAUAAAUACAUACUAAAAAGUGUCCAGCGUUUCUCGUCUUCCUUUAACAAUUGCUAACAGAGAUUUAAAAAAAAAAAAACUGUGACUCAGACACCGGGGCGUAUUUGAAACGCCCCAAAAUAUAAAUGAUAUACACUUCCAUUUAUUCAAUGUUCCCCAUCGUGUUGCAUGAUAGGUGAGAAUACGGUUUGAGCUGAUUGGGAAUUUGGUUGCAUGUCCAGAAAAGCACAAUGGGUGAUUCAUGAUCAUUAUUGAACCAGAAUGGUGCAAUCAGGCCUUUUGCAGUCUUCACAGAAAUUGAUUCAGCUGCAAAAAAGAAAUAAUGUCACUGUGAAACACAAACGUUUUGGUUCCUGUAUCGAAAGUUUUUUUUAAAUUGACAUGCAAUUUACUCACAGAUAUAUUUCAAACUUGAUCUGGAGAGUAGAAGUGAAUAUCUUACGGAGAAGAGAAGACACACCUGUGCAAAUCUUGAGUUUUUUUUACUUUGAAUUCAUGAAUGCACCGACAAACAACAAAGAAAAGGAGGAGAGUGGAGACCCUUGACACAGACCAUGCCCUAUAUCGCAAUGUUUACGAAAAUGAACAACACUUGUUGUAUCCACCUCGUUAUCCGGACCCGCUCCAAAUUUGAUCAGUCUUCUUUGCCAAUGUUUCACAUUUUGACCAAAUUUCAUGAAAAUGGGUCCAAUCGUUUUCAAACCACAACAGCUGUAGCGAAAACAUUACUUCCAAUUCGGAGUUGAUGACAAAAAACAGGAGAUUCUGGGGAUUUUAGGACCAACCGAACAUACACAUCCAUCUGUAAAAUCAGUAUGUUAGCUGUUUGUUGUAAAUUAACAGUUACACUUUUAAUUAAUUCAAACAAACCCUAACACUAGCUUGCUUACUUAGGAUGUUUAAUGAUGUUUCUCUCUACCAAAUGUUGAUGUCACCCUGUCUUUUUAAAAACAACAUUGUCCUGAAUUUAAAUCCAAUAACCAUCACCCGGUGUCCUGAUGAUUUUUUGCUGUGAAACAUGAUGUUGAGGUUUGCAGCAGAUAUCGGUUUGCACAGUUGAGUUGCACAGUUUUAAGUUGAGGUUGUGAAGAGCUGUAAACAACCAGGAAGUGACAACAUCCUCACUGUUGGUUGAAAGCCUGUGACCUCUGACCUCCCCUGCUGGCUCAUGCUAUUACUAUUGCAAUAAUACAGGAGCUCUUGGUAAAUGAUGUCAGUGGUUUAAACUCAAUCUGUAAUGCUUUAUUAAUCUUUUUUUUACACACAUUUACAGCUGACAGAUCCGAAUGUGUUUUUAUUAUUUUAUUAUAAAUGUUAUUAUUGCUGUGUACAACGAUACCUGUCCAGGUGAAUAUGUGCAGGUACAGUAUUGAUUGGUCUGUUUAACUUCCGUCCGCACGGUCUCCAUUCUGUGUUGGAAAUACAACUUUGUUAUUUUUUCCCAAAGCUUUUAGCAGUGAGAUAAAACUUCAGCAUCUAAACAGAAAUCACAACAUUUAGCAAACGCAUUUGCUCUGUUUUAGGAUCUGUCUGUGGUUUUUUAAUCAUCAACAAAUCUCAUUCUUUAAAAGACAUUUCUAGCAGAAAUUUAGUUUCUGAAAUUGUCCUUUAGGCUGAUUCCUGGUAGAUAUUUCUAAAUGUAUUCCACCACUAAAUGCCUUCUGAAUGUACUGCUUUGUAUUUCUGAUUGCAUCCGGUUGUACCAGAGGAAAUGGAGCAGUUUGUGGUUUUAAGUUGUUCUGUAUAUUUUGAGUAUUUCCCCACUAACCAACAGAGCCUCUUACGAGCUCUAUUGUCUUUACAGUGUUGAGGUCCUGAGGGUUCACCGUGCAAUGGUUCUCCAUCACUACUGAAACUGGAGAACACUUUGUACUGUAUGUUGUUGCACUUAAAACCAGGAAGGGAACAAACAAUGCAAACCUCACGUCCCUGUCUGACAGAGAUGAGAGAGGUGACAAGGUGUGAAUAUGACGCUGCCUUCACGUCACGUUGGGAAGGAAUGUAAAUCUGAGCCUCUUACUUGAAAAUAGCCUUCGCCUCUGCUUCCAGAUAGUAACUCUUACCAUGUGACCGGCAGUUUUGUCAGGCACUCAUUAACAGGAAAGUAGCAGAAGUCCAGUGUAGCCAUGAUAAUUUCAUUUUAAAUAAAACCACACAAAUAAAA